AUGCCGUUAAUCGCUCAAGGGAUUUCGCUACGAGUUGUCGGCAGAUGUGCCUCCGAAGGUAUCACGCCUUCGUGUGGGAAUAUUUGCCAGGUAUUCAAUAUCGGCGCUGACACUCCUUACAGUGUUAACCGAUUAGCUCAGGAGAUCUCCACUGCCAUGGGGGAGGCCGAUUACCCUCUCAAAUACGAGCCGGCUCGCUUGGAGGUCGUCAAUGCUGUUGCUAGUCACGAAAAGGUCCGACGGAUAUUCUCCCCGCCAGCGACUGUGGACCUCGCGGUUGGUCUGAAGAGAACUGUUGAUUGCACCACUGCUGCUACUGCUGGUCGUAUUUGUGCUAAUGUUGGGGUUAAGGUUAUUUAA